AAUACUUAUAAUAUUUUAUAGAUUUGCCAGAAGUAGUGGUGAAAGGUGUGUGUCGUCUGGCUGUGCAAGUGGUGCAAACUUACACUGACGGUCCACUACGAAGUAAACUGAGGGAGCUAAUUUCCAGCUUGGCCAUGAAGCACGCAACAGCCAUCCCAGCUCUGGCACACUCUCUCCAGCAUCAUGCUCAUCAUCAUGCUAAUGCUCCUCAUUCUUCCCGUGCUCUUGCUCGUGUUCAUGUAUCCCCGAUGGAGGUGGCAGCCAAGGUGUGGUGUAUAGCAAUCAGUGCCAAACAUCCCUUUGGCUCUAAGGAAGCAACAGCAUUAACUGAAGCCUUAGCAAUUCACUUUGCACUGACAGUUGCAGCCAAUGAUGCUGCCUUCACCAGAAGAGCCAAUAAGGCAGUAAGAUCUCUCUUGAAGGAUGAGGCACUUCUCAAGUCUGUGUGUCAGGUAUGUUGCUAUGAUAACUCAUUAAAAAUCUGUGCUUUUUAUUUAAUUAACUUGAUGUAUGGAUUUCCUAUUUGAGUUUGGGGUAAACUC